ACGUCACACCGGACGGUCUCCCAUCUGAUCCAGGGUCAGCGGGACGUCGUGUUCUCCUGACAAGUUCCGCCAUUUCCCCCACCUCGGGCCCGUCUGCGUACUUCUUCCGUCGCUCCACUGCGCUGCAUCGGCGACGGCGGCACCAGGAGGCGGAGCGGCCGUAGGCAGGCUGAUGCAGGAAGGCAGGCAGGGAUCCGGAGUGCCACAGCGGGAUGAGAGCGAGAGCGAUAGCCGGGGCAGAUGUGUGCAAACACCGCAACCCUUGAAUGUGUGACGGGCAGCUAACGGCACAACGACACAUUGUAAACGUUUGUUGUUGUUGUCGCCACAUUCCGCCCUCCUUAAUAUAAUAGCCGAUUAGCUUAGCUCUGAUUUCAUACGAACCACCGCGGUGGCAGAAGUAGGAGUCCGGCCAGGUUUCGGAAGGAGGCGGACGUUUAAUCUCCCUCCGCUAGGGGCUCAUUGACGAAGAUAAACGCCGACAAGUGUGGGUUUUUUUUUUCGUCACAGGGAAUAUAUAUUUUUUUGUGUUGUACCGAGUGAGCGAAGAUGUCGGGGCAGAGCAUUACGGACCGGAUAACAGCAGCCCAGCACAGCGUAACGGGAUCCGCUGUAUCCAAAACAGUAUGCAAGGCCACCACACACGAAAUAAUGGGCCCGAAGAAGAAGCAUUUGGACUACUUGAUCCACUGCACCAACGAAAUGAACGUGAACAUUCCCCAACUGGCCGACUCGCUGUUUGAGAGGACCACAAACACCAGUUGGGUGGUCGUGUUCAAGUCAUUGAUCACCACGCAUCACCUCAUGGUGUAUGGUAAUGAGCGUUUUGUGCAGUAUCUGGCUUCAAGAAACACAUUAUUCAACCUCAGCAAUUUCUUGGAUAAAAGUGGUUUGCAAGGCUAUGACAUGUCCACGUUUAUCCGGAGGUACAGUCGGUACCUGAAUGAGAAAGCUGUUUCCUACAGACAGGUUGCCUUUGAUUUCACCAAAGUUAAGCGAGGAGUGGACGGUGUCAUGAGGACCAUGAAUACAGAGAAGCUGCUGAAGACCAUCCCUAUUAUUCAAAACCAGAUGGACGCCCUCCUAGAUUUCAAUGUCAAUGCCAACGAGCUGACUAAUGGAGUCAUCAAUGCAGCCUUCAUGCUCCUCUUCAAAGACUCCAUCAGACUUUUUGCUGCCUAUAAUGAAGGCAUCAUCAACCUGCUUGAGAAAUACUUUGAUAUGAAGAAAACCCAGUGUAAAGAAGGGCUGGACAUCUACAAAAAGUUCCUCACCCGAAUGACCCGGAUAUCAGAGUUCCUCAAAGUAGCUGAGCAGGUGGGCAUUGACCGGGGAGACAUUCCAGACCUUUCGCAGGCUCCCAGCAGCCUCCUGGAAGCUCUGGAGCAGCACUUGGCUUCUCUAGAGGGCAAGAAGGUGAAAGACUCCACGGCAGCCAGCAGGGCCAGCACUCUGUCCAAUGCAGUGUCGUCACUAGCGAGCACAGGAAUGUCUUUCACCAAAGUGGACGAGCGAGAGAAGCAAGCUGCGCUGGAAGAAGAGCAGGCCCGACUCAAAGCGCUAAAGGAACAGAGACUCAAGGAGCUCUCCAAGAGGCCCUCCUUCGCCACCACGGAUACGUCGCCCGUCUCUACCACAGGAGGAACUAUUAACACGGCUCCAGCUAUCGAUCUCUUCUCUACACCGAGCUGCUCCAACGGUGCGGUGAAAAUGGAGAGCGAUCUUUUUGACCUCCAGUCAACGUUCCAGCCACCCAUGCAGUCCGCCUCGUCGGGGCUCCCUGUGGCGACAGCGUGGGCAGAUCCUUUCACCUCCACGGAAGCUGGAGACGACUCCAUGCCAAACCUUAACCCUUUCCUCUCAAAACUCGUUGUCGAUGCCUCUCACUUACCUGUUGUGUCUUCAGACGGUGUUAGCUUUUCCACUAGGACAUCUGCUCAUGAAAUGUUUGGUGAUCGUUACAAUCCCUUUAUUGACUCAAACUCGUCAGUUUCAACCAAUAACAAAUGCACAGUGCGGCUAGAACACUCCAUCUCAGACUCCUUCUGUGGCCCAGUGUCCAUUGCCCAGCACCUCCCACACCAGGCUCCCUUCCCCACAGAGCCCUCUACUGUAGCAGGUCUAUUCAGAGGAUACUCAGCGCCUCAGCCCCCUUCCCAGCCACCUGCAGGAGGUCUACAAGUGGACUUUGAGUCUGUGUUUGGAGCCAAAGCUUCAGGCAGCAACAGCCUCAAUGCUGACGAUAUCACAGGAGGGAUCUUGAAACCGACUCUAGCUGGUUCCAACCUGUCUUCCAAUCAGCAACCAGAGAAAUUGGUGUCUGAUGACCUUGACUCUUCCCUCGCCAACCUUGUCGGCAACCUUGGCAUCGGAAAUGGCACCAUGAAAAACGACAUCCACUGGAGUCAGCCUGGUGAGAAGAGGAUGACAGGUGGUACCAACUGGCAGCCGAAAGCAGCCCCGACGACAACCUGGAACCCUGUCUCUAUGCCACAGUCAAUCAUGGCCUUUCCAGCUACUACGCCCACAGGCAUGAUGGGCUAUGGCAUGCCUCCACAAAUGGGCUCCAUGGGCAUGAUGAAUCCGCCCGCCAUGAUGUACGGCCAGCCUGUUAUGAGGCCGCCCAACCCUUUUGGCUCAGUGUCCAGCACUCAGCCCUCGGCAGCCUCUAGUCCUUCCAGCCAGAGUCCUCUCCGAGCCCCUGGACAGGACCCGUUUGCACACCUCUCUCUCAAGGAUUUCUUGUAGAGCGUCUUUUAGACGCAGUUCAUGUAACUUUGAAGAGCUCGUCUCUCUUGGAAAGAUGAAGCACUUAGCAGCAAAAAGCUUUGUCCUCGUCCAGGUCUCCGGAGGGAUAUUCACGCACCCACUCAUCCCUUUACACACACACAUUCACACAAAGACACACACACUGAGCACCCCUCUAAAAAUCAUGUGAAGAACCACGACGGCCGUCACUAACCGUAACAAAGAGGAUUUCCUCUCCAUUUUACAGUCUCAUCUGUAAAGGUAAAGUUCUGGCUGCUGAAGAAACUUCGAUGUUAUGUAUUUGGUUAAAAAAAAAGGCAUCAGAAAAAAAAAACUAAACUUCCAUCGGGUGUUGAUCAAGCAGAGAGGUUAUUGGUUGUAGGGUGAAGGCGACCUUCCCUUUUUACCGUCAAUGGCGUAGUGAUGCUAAUGACGUUUACACCCGUUUAGUUUGUUGUCUUUUUUACCGUGUUUACAGUAGACAUUCCCUGUGUGUCGUUUGUAUUUAUUUAUGAUUAUCGGUCAAAGGAGCUCGAGCGGGGGUUUGUUGUAAAAUCAACAGCGCAUCGUAAUGAGCAUUGAACACGCGUGGGAGUGCUUGAGCAUUAAAACUUAUCAAGAGGUAGAGUGACAAAUAGUUAUUAUAUAAAUGACACCUAUUAAGCGAAUGAUAGAGCACUAAAUAUUGACUUUGUUCUUUUUUUUCUACAAAUGCUAGAUGAAAAUUAAAAAAAAUAAAAAUAAAAAAAAAUCACAGGCGCCAUUGUGCUGAGAGUGCAAAGGUUUCCACUAAAGCAGGGGUGGGGAAACUAAUAUGGCCCACCAUGCUAUCCUAAACACAUGAUCAUAAUAUAUAAUAAUUAAGGAAAAAUAAGUUUGAUCAACCUUUUUGUUGUUAAUUUAGUAUUGCCCAUGGGGACUCGUUAGAAAAAGGGUGGCCCACCCCUGCGCUAAACAGUACAUAGUGCGUUCUGUGCCUAUAUAAGGGGUCUUUUUUUGUUUGUUUUAUUUGCAAGUUGAGGAACACUUCACAAACCAUCCUGACAAUGAGGGCGGCGGCGGGCUCCAUUUUGCUUUAAUAGCUUUUGGCACGCCAUCGACUCGGCGAGUGCGCUCGAGGCUGCCUUUAAUCUGUGAAUGUGAAGAGUUGUCUUCAUGUUGCACACAUCUUUCCACGCCGCACGUGAAGCCACCCGCACGUCAUCCCGUGCCACUUGUCAAAAUGUGUUGGUUCGACAUGUUUGAUGUAAAUGAAUUGUAUAGAAGAUCCAGAUGAAUGCUUGUUAGUGGGGGGCGAUGGCGGACGGGCAGCGGCGGCGGAUGUGGAGGAGGGACGAGCGCUGUUGAUCGGCACUCAGUGUAAAUAGAAUAAGACAAAAAAAGUGACUGUUCUUUGAUUGCAAAAGUGAAAGAUGUAUGAAAUAUGAACAUGAUUCAAAUCCAAUUUGACUCUACCUAUUAUGUCUGAUUCAGGAUGAAACUGCAGAUUUGUCAUUAGAACCUGUAGCAGGUGACCACUCAAAUUUUGUUUUUUCUUUUUCCAAAUAAAGAGCAGCUUCCACAAAAA